AUGGUUGAACAGGAAGUGACCCGAUCCACUAAUACUUCUGAAGCCCGAGCUCAAACCCGAGCUGAAGCUCAGGCCAAAGUCAACUAUUUGACCAGGCUUUAUCAGAUGGAUAUCUUGUCCCACUCAUCGAAUAGCAUUCAAAGGUCAUCGACGCAAGACCUGGAAGAGUACCGAGCUUCCAUAUUCAACCAUAUCAACCGUGAAAAAGACUCCGAGCUAUCUAGCGAACAAGUUCCGAUGUUGUUAGGUCAAGGAAUAGUGGGAAGCCACGGCAUUCAGAUCGGUUGCUUGACUCGAUUGCCUGUGUAUUCUAACAGCGACUCUCAUCAUAUCCACCAUAGAAGAACAACUGCAGGCAGUUUUGUAGAGAGCCAUAAAAUUCCAAACAGCAUUUCGACUUCUUCUUCAUCUGUGUCGUCAAUUGGUAUUCUUAACACAAAACUUAUGAGACUUCCUAUUUGUGCUCCCGGUCAGAACGAGUUUCUUAUUGGAUCCACAGCAUUUAACGGAUUAAAGUUUUUUCCAGAAAAUUAUGUGAAGCAGAAAGUCGAAGAUAUUACCAGAAAGAGUAGAGAGAAAACAAAAGAUUUGGAAAGACCAACUUUGCCUGAAGUAGAAUAUCUGCAUGGCACGGUCAUCAUGAACCAACUUUUGAACAGCAAACGAAUCUUGAGAGAUGUACAAUGGAAACAGUAUUACAAUGACAGAAUGGGUGGACACAGCCUAAGAGAAUUAGUCACCUUAAGGAACAAGAAAUCUCGUAUAAUAAGCUUGAGACAAUUUGAAAUAGAACAAAAGCUUGACCUAAUUACCCUCAAAAGGAACCAGAAUAUUGCCUUGCUUCCUCAGGAAGAGGACUUUUAUAACAGAUACAGUCAGCAGAACGCAGAGGAACCCUCAACAGUCCCUAAAUUCCAAAGUCUCAAGAGGACUCUCACUGAAGCUGAACGAAGAGACGACUUUGCCAACAAUUUUGUUUUUGAAGACGAGGUAGAUAUGGACCGUCAGACUUUGAUUAAUUACUCUAAUCUUCGCAAUUCAUGGAACCACAACGUUGUCACUCUGUCAUCCAUUAACAACAUUAGAAAUGAAGAUUACCAGACUAAAAUUGUCAAGAAACGUCGGUGUCCAAACCCCAAUGCCUUGGGGUACUCAAAUAUCAGAGGUGUGAAACCUCCAUAUGCUUAG